GGUAUUAAUAUCCCCUCACUUUUCUUUGAGUUAAUGAAAGCCGUUGAACGCAGGUCAAAAGAUGAAGUUCGCACUAUUGUGCAAUCGAGCUACCUAUUUGGUCUAGCUCAAUGUCCCCGUUUAUAGGCAAGGCAUCGAAUUAUGCUAAAUCGCAUAAUUAAAGAUGCGCCCGGUGGAAGUAAAGAAACUCGAGGAUCUCCUCGGCUUGCGUGGCGUGAUCCCUGCCGCAGAAGAGGUAAUCGCAGCCGUCAUAAUCGGCACUGCUUUCGUUGCACUGCUUGUCGACACACAAUGCAUUCAGUAAUCUUUAGGUUCGAGUAUGUCCAUUGCUCGUCUUGGUUAAAAUAUGCAUUAAGGUGACGAGCUGAAUGCAAAUACAUACAUAUGAUAUGAAUAUGCACAGAAUUAACAUGAUUUGUUGAUUAUUUAAAUCCGGAUAUACAAGGCUACAAUAAGUUUGUAAAAAUGAAAGUAAAAGUUAAUACGAUAAAGGCAGAUUUCUGGAUUUACCGGUAUAGCAGGAUUUGUAGACAUCAUACUCAAGUUUCGGAACUGAAUAAGUGUAAAACUUAUUUUAAUAUUAUAAUAACAAACUUUAGAAAACUUUAUUGAAAAACAUGUUAUUCAAUAAAAAAAGCGAGAGCUAAAACUGGUAUCUUUCUUGCCUAUUAUAUGUCGUACAAAGAUCAUACGUUUCAAGCAAUUAAUAAUCAAAGAUAGGAUUGAAAAGAAAAAUCAUUUCCUUGAUAGCGAGCUAUUGCUUUACAAAAGUGACUCGACACUUGUUUUAUUCAAGGUCAAUUCCGAUACACGUAUAGCAUACGAGGUUAGUGAUAAAAUUGCCGUCAGUUCAUUGUCGACCAGCGUGAAGAAAUCUGUAAGAAGUAGAAGAAGAAGAAGAAGGCUAGCCUUGUUUUGUAUUUGAUUGUGCAUUUAACUCUGCAAUAUAAACGUACAGUCGCAACAGUCUUUUGCUCGUGAACCAAUAAACGAUUACGAACGAUGUCUUAAUUAUUGAACAGAUAGACUAGUGACUUGGCGUAGAUAAAUUAAAGAAAUAAGGAAAAUGGAGCGAUGGGCAGGAAAAGUGGCUGUUAUAACUGGAGCAUCGUCUGGAAUUGGUUUGGUGACUGCCCAAGCCUUUGUUCGCAAAGGUUUGAUAGUAGUUGGUCUCGCCCGGAGAAAAACGGCGAUGGAGAAUGGCAUGAAAGGCACCCAAGGACCAGGAAAGUUUCACGCAAAGGAAUGUGAUUUAUCAUCCGAAGAGAAUAUUGACAGUGUUUUCGAGUGGAUAAAAAAAAAUUUAGGAACCGUUCACAUUUUGAUAAACAAUGCUGGAGUUAUGAAAGAAAGCUCUAUAGCUGAUGCCAGUACUAAAGAAAUGCAAUUCAUUAUUAAUGUCAACGUUGUGGGUGCCCUUAUUUGCGCUAAACGAGCUAUGCAACUGAUGAAAGAGAACGGAGCGGAAGGUCACAUCGUUAAUAUAAACAGCGUUGCAGGUCUGAAUACAGCAAAGGUACCGGGCAGACACUUUAACGUUUAUUCUCCGACGAAGUACGCUCUCAGAUCAUUGUCGGAAACUCUUGCUCAUGAGCUAAACAAUACUAAAAUUCGUGUAAGCAACAUCAGCCCAGGAGUUGUGAAAACUGAAAUUUUUGAAAUGGCAAACGUGGAUACAGCUUUUCUAGACGUGGUUCCAGUGUUAAAGCCAGAAGAUAUCGCUGAUGCAGUAAUGUAUGCAGUUGGAGCGCCGCAUCACGUUCGAAUAUGCGAAGUCACGAUCAAACCAACGAAUGAUGCAUUUAGUUAAUUCAAUGUAACAGGAACAUGCGGAUUUUAAUAUAAAAUUGGGGUAUAAUAAUAAUCACUUUGAAUGUCAUUAUCAUAGAUGUAUCUAGUAAUAGUUGGAGAUUAACUUCUCAUUUUUUAUAAAAUUGUGUUACGCUAUCAAAAAUUAAUGUCGGCGUCGGACCAUUAGAGUUUUUAUUCGGUAAAUAUAGUUGUUGAGAUAGAUUGAGAUACGUAGAGAUUCAAACAAAGGAUAAAGAUUUUAUAUCAAAAGCUUC